GCACUUCGCACUCUGUCCCACCUCUCCAGGUGUAAGUACUGGCACUAUGAUGACAGACUGAUGACCUCCAGUGUGGUGAUAGUCUUCCAUAAUGAAGGCUGGUCUACAUUGAUGAGAACAGUCCACAGUGUCAUCAAGAGGACUCCCAGGAAAUACCUGGCUGAGAUAGUCAUGAUAGAUGACUUCAGCAACAAAGCCCAUCUAAAGGAGCGCUUGGAGGAGUACAUCAAACAAUGGAAUGGCCUUGUAAAACUCUUCAGAAAUGAGAAGAGAGAAGGACUGAUCCAGGCCAGGAGUAUCGGAGCCAACAAGGCCAAUAAAGGACAGGUGCUGAUCUACCUGGAUGCUCAUUGCGAGGUUGGAAUCAACUGGUAUGGUCCAUUGGUUGCCCCUAUUUCAAAAGACAGAACGGUGUGUACCGUGCCUAUGAUCGACUCCAUCCACGGCCAGAGUUUCACCGUCGAGCCCCAGGGUGGAGGAGACAAGGACGGCUUCGCUAGAGGAGCCUGGGAUUGGAGCAUGCUCUGGAAGAGAGUACCUCUGGGAGAAGCAGAAAAAAAACUCAGAAAAACUCAGACUGAGCCAUAUAGGUCUCCAGCAAUGGCGGGUGGUCUCUUUGCUAUAGAGAGAGACUUCUUCUUUGAGCUGGGCCUGUAUGAUCCAGGACUGCAGAUAUGGGGAGGAGAGAAUUUUGAAAUAUCAUAUAAGAUCUGGCAGUGUGGUGGCCAGCUGCUCUUUGUACCCUGCUCUCGUAUCGGACAUAUCUACAGACUGCAGGGAUGGCAAGGCAACCCUCCACCUGCACAUAUUGGAUCGUCACCCACUCUGAAGAACUAUGUUCGUGUGGUGGAGACAUGGUGGGAUGACUAUAAGGACUACUUCUAUGCCAGCCGUCCUGAAACUCUCACUCUAGCCUACGGAGACAUCAGUGACCUUAAACGCUUCAGGGAGGAACAUCGAUGCAAGAGCUUCAAGUGGUUCAUGGAGGAAAUAGCAUAUGACAUUCCACAGCACUACCCUCUGCCUCCUAAAAAUGUAGAAUGGGGGGAGAUUCGAGGCUUUGAGUCAAGUUACUGUAUUGACAGUAUGGGUCACACCAAUGGGGGCAAUGUGGAAAUAGGACCAUGCCACAGGAUGGGGGGCAACCAGUUGUUCCGUAUCAAUGAAGCCAACCAGUUGAUGCAGUAUGACCAGUGCCUGACGAGAGGAGAUGAUAACUCAGCUGUCAUCAUCACACACUGUGAUCAGAAUCAACACAAUGAGUGGAAGUACUUCAAGGAUCUCCAUCGGUUCACUCAUGUAACAACAGGGAAAUGUCUGGACCGCUCCGACCUGCUCCACAAAGUCUUCAUAUCAGACUGUGACACCAGUAAAACCACUCAGAAAUGGGAGAUGAACAACAUAGUCGCUGUCUGAAGACUUAACAAUUCGCACAAAGAAAACCACUGGCAGCAUGGAGGGAAACAUGGGGACUGUAUGAGGACAUACACACACACACACCAAUAAAUACAUCCAUACUUUACGUUUACAGAUAUAUCAAGCAGAUACUGUCCUUUUGAAGAAAAUGUGUUUUUGAUAUAAGCCGGUCAGUGUCACCUCCCACCUAGAAUAUGCUUUCAAAUGCACAAUAGCAUGACUAAAAGAAAGUGUUCUUUAUUUUAUUCAAUUCGAUUGGUUGCCAUUUACUUCUAUUGAUAUUUCCAUUGGCUUGAAUUUUGUUUCAUCAACUUCCACAGACACUGAGAUGCUUUCGAGAAACUUGAUAAUUUCAAGGAGAGCACAUCUUUAACAGUGAUCUGCCUGACUGAGGACUUAUGAACUGCCUGCCUUACUGACAGUCUUGAUGAGUAAUUCAGUAUCUGACCAGUUGUCUGUGAAUAACUGCCUGUGUGAAAAUGAAAAAAAUACACUGGGUUGUUGGGUGGGGAAUGACACCAGUGAUAUACACAACUUAUAUUCGGGAAAACAGCAAAUGAAGAAAAUGUGUGGGGUUUUUGCAAGGGAAAGAGGGUUUGGUGUAUGGAUGAACAUGUAUGCAAUGUUUUGUAAAAUGUAAAUAGAUUCCUUUUUAAAGAAGAUCAUGGUGAAUUUUGUGAAGGGCCUUGAAUGAUGUAAAUAUCUAACUUAUAGCAGAAAUUUAAUAAUAUGGGCUGAACAGUGGAUGAUUGAGCAAAUAAAAUACCUGAUUUUUACUACUA